UACGCUGCCAUUUUGUCCGGCAGAGCAGCAGUCAGUCAGUCAGUCCGUGCGGAGAAAGCUGUGAGGAGACUUCCCAGACAGCGUCACCGGACUGUUGGAGGGGGGGGAAAACCCGGUAAUGUGGUUGUAGCAUCCGGAAAACAGCACCAGCCGAACGAGGGGACUCCGAAGGAAAAGGACCGAGCCAAAGGAGCUGUCAUUUUCAACUUACCGGGUCCGCCGGCUGGGCUCGGCUGCGCUCGACUCGACUCGGCUCGCUCUCUGCUUGGCUAAUCUCUUUAGCUCUUCGGCUAGCUUCUCGCACCUUGAGGAGGAGGAAGAGGGGGGAAACUGGCUGUCAGUGUUGCAGUAACCUCUGACAAACUUUGAAUAAUGCUCUCUUUAAUUCCUUCUUACUUUCACCACCGGAGCGGGCUCUAAACAGGCACUUUACUGGGGAAGCAGUGAUAGCUUUAACAGCCGAGCUAACAAGUUGACGUGGAGGAGGAACUGAAGUUUUUCUCUUUCUUUUUUAACAUUUUUUUUUCAAAGCUUUGUUUUUUUUUUUUCUUCUUACACGGAUUACUUCGUUUUCUGCCAAACCGGACCCGGACUUGUCGCUUUUGGUGACUUCAAACAAAGAAUUCAGGUUUUGAAGCAGCCUGUUAGCUAUGUUUAUUUGUGGCCAGAAAGUGAUUUCAAGUGUUUCCAGAUUCCACUGUGGGACUCUUUCCUGGUUCGAGUACUGCAACGGAAACAUUAGCUAACACACACUAGCCCACAACAGCGUCUUUCUGCUUUAUUUACUUCAUAAAUACAAGGAAUAAACCUCCCUAGUCCUUUUUUUUUUUUUUUUUUUUUUUGCCACCCAGACAACUUAUCUCCAAAGAUAAACUGCCGGUUCAGUCAAAUCGGUUUUGCAGCAGCAGUGAUCCGGAGCUUGGUUUGAAGUUUAAAGUUCUGUCCCGGAUUGGAGCCGAUCCAUUGAUUGGGUCGUUGUUCUGUCUUGAUUGAGCUGAAGGGGAGAAAAAACCAACAGCGAUGUCGGGCCAGUCUAUUACGGAUCGGAUCGCUGCGGCGCAGCACAGCAUGACGGGCUCUGCCAUCAGCAAGGCGGUGUGCAAAGCCACCACACACGAAGUGAGCGGACCUAAGAAGAAGCACCUGGACUAUCUGAUCCACUGCACCAAUGAGAUGAACGUCAACAUUCCCCAGCUGGCAGACACUCUUUUCGAGAGAACAGCCAACUCAAGCUGGGUGGUGGUCUUCAAAGCCCUCAUUACCACCCACCACCUCAUGAUGUACGGCAACGAGCGUUUCAUCCAGUACCUGGCCUCCAGAAACACUCUGUUCAACCUCAGCAACUUCUUGGAUAAGGGAGCUCUGCAAGGUUACGACAUGUCAACCUUCAUCAGACGAUACAGUCGCUACCUGAAUGAAAAGGCCAUGUCCUACAGACUGGUGGCUGUGGAUUUCACCAAGAUGAAGAGAGGUGUCGACGGCGUGAUGCGCACCAUGAACGCAGAGAAGCUCAUCAAGACUCUGCCCAUCAUCCAGAACCAGCUGGACGCUCUGCUGGACUUUCAGGCCAAUCCUAACGAGCUGACCAAUGGAGUGAUCAACUCGGCCUUCAUGCUGCUCUUCAAAGACUCCAUAAGGCUCUUUGCUGCGUACAAUGAAGGAGUCAUCAACCUGUUGGAGAAAUACUUUGACAUGAAGAAGAAUCAGUGUAAAGACGCUCUCGACAUCUACAAGAAAUUUCUUUACAGGAUGACAAAGCUGUCGGAGUUCCUCAAAGUGGCUGAGCAAGUUGGAAUAGAUCAGGGUGACAUCCCAGAUCUCUCACAGGCCCCCAGCAGCCUCCUGGAGGCUUUGGAGCAGCACCUUGCCUCUCUGGAGGGCAAGAAGACGAAGGAGUUGAAUGCAGACACAAGAGCAUCCACCUUGUCGAGUGCUGUCUCGUCUCUGUCCUCCACCGGCAUGUCCUUCAGCCGCAUGGAUGAGAAGGAGAAGCAGCAGGCCUUGGAGGAGGAGCAGGCCAGGCUGCUGGCUCUCAAGGACCAGCGCCUGAAGGAGAUCAGCAUGCAGACUCCACCCUCCGCCUCCCCCAGCAGCCAGUCGGUCGGCAGCGCCAACAACAACAACCACAUCUCUCACACCCCAGAGUUGUUUGGCUCCGUGCUGAAUGCAAACAGCGUCCCCAACCUGAACAGCGACCUGUUUGAUCUUCAGCCGGCCUUCAUCCCCGCCGUGCAGAGCACUCCUUCCAUCUCCAACGCCAACAGUGCCUGGGGAGGACUGGAGAGCCAGGCGCUGCAGCAGUCCACCCCGGCCAUGAGUGUAGAUUUCGAUGCCGUGUUCGGGAAUAAGGCCACACCCAGUAACAACGGCCCACAACCUGCAGCCGGUUUCGAUGCUCUCGGAGACCUGUUAAAGCCCACAGUCACCGCGCACACCGCACCACCUCCUCCUCCUCAAAUGGCCAUCCAUCCUGGAGGAAAGCUGCUAGCCAAUGACCUCGACUCCUCUCUGGCCAACCUUGUGGGCAAUCUGCAGUUUGGUGGAACCGGUGCCAAGAAGCCAGAGAUGCAGUGGAACCAGGCUGGUGAGAAGAAGCUAACCGGCGGCCAAAACUGGCAAAAUAAGACCAUGUCGACCACGCAGUGGAGCCCCGCGCCCAUGGCUCCACAGCCCAUGCCUGUGCCACAUGUGAAUGGAAUGUUCUAUACUAGUUAUGCUCCAGCGCCAAUGGCUUUCCCCAUGACCACACCACAAGUGCCUGUGUAUGGAAUGGUCCCUCCCCAGAUGGCUCAGAUGGGUGGGGUACCUGUGCUGGCUCCACAGCCGAUGAUGUACAACCAGCCUGUUCUCAGACCCACCAACCCUUUCGCGCCCAUGCCAGGAGCCCAGAUGCAGUUUAUGUAAUCCAUUCAGGGGGGAAGCUGAGUGCCAAAAGCGACAAACAAAGCAGCAGAAAACCCCCCAACAAAAACUCACGAGAGGACGAUCGAACGGAAGGGGGGAACGAUUUGAUCAGGCGAACGAAGAGACACAGACAAGCUGACCGACAGACACCGAAACAGAAGGAGGCCAUGAGGGGCGGAGGGUGUGGGACUCUGUCCCGGCUGGAACGACUGCUGUCGUGCGUGUGUGUGUGUGAGAGUGUGGAGCUUCUCUGUGUUUAUCAUUUGUGUUUUAAAUCGUGCAGACGGAGGGAUGGGAUGGACGGACGUCUGGUUUUCACCCAGCCUGUUCGGUUCUGUGUCUGGAUCCAGAAUUAGCUUUAUUUCAAACUGGUGCUAUAUUGUCCUCUCUGAGUUCCUGUCUGCCUGCAACAGCAACUUGGGAGGACGUGUCCUCUUAUUAGAGGACGUGUGUGUGUGUGUGGGGGUGUGUGUGCGCGUGUUCGCAGCAGUUGUUCCAGGUAAUGCAGCCUCUCCUCUCUCUCCUCCCCCCUCAGUCUCUGUUUGUUUUUCAGAGAGAAACGCAGAGGCACAUUUUCUCAAGUAUGUUUCCUGUAAUUUUCCAAUCCAUGUAUUUCUUUUUUCCCCUUCUGUUUUCUUUGCCUUUAACGUUAUCAGGGCUUGUACAGCGGUUUGUCGGAGCGUCAAACAGUAACCCAGCGUUUUCUCCUCAUGGCUUCUUGAGCUCUGCCGCUUUCACGUCAAGACGGGAGAUCGACGAAGCGUCGGGACAAAAAAAAAAAAACAAAAAAAAACACAAAUUUUGUCUCAAGGGCUCGUCCCACCAGGGAAAACGCAGCAAAACGAGUCCAGAUGUUGCGGAGAUCGUUGACUUGCAGCUGCGUCGUGAAAACUGCUGGAAACCUGCCAGUCUGUGUGCUUCUAGUCUGCCCUAGGGUUGGGUUCUUCACGUACAACGUCACAUGAAACGGAUCGAUUUUGACCCUAAAAGUAAUCAAUGAAGCUGUGUAUAUAAGCAAAACAAAAAAAAUUGAGUGUGUAAGUUUUUCUUUUCUUCUCACGUGGAGUGUUUACCCAUCUGUGAACAUUAUUGCAGUCAGUAGAAACUCAGAUUGUGUGUGUCUCUUUAAGUCAAGGGGCUUUGUGUGCGUCUUUCUCAGUGAUUGAUGAGAAACAAAUCCAGCACACUGAGGUUACGGCUGUUCUUAAAGGGAUAUGCACAGUCUUCUAGUCGAGCAGUAAAGGGAUAGUUUGAAAUCUUUUAAAGCAAAGUGCCUGUUGAGAGGUUAUCUGCAGUAGAGAGCGAUUAAGUUUGUAUUCUCUGGAUUCAAAAGCUAAAGCUAACGUCUGAAAUGUACCAAGUUUAAAGCAAAGAGGAAGUCCGACCUCAAAAACGUCUGAGCGGUUUCUGCAGACGAAGCUUUACGUUGGGUACUAAUUUACAGAGAAGUAUUAUUUACAUGACAGAUUGAUUGAUUGAUUGAUUGAUAGACAAAUACAUUCUAUAUGGGAAGUUCAUAAGUCCAGGCACCUAAAAAUCACAAAAUAAACACAAAAUAUUCGGUACUAUUGAAAAAAAGCAGCAACAUUAAAACAGGUUGGAGGUAGUGUGCCAUCAAUAAUCUUCCUGCGAGAAACUUGUACCGAUUUAAACUACCUUAAAAUCAAAAGUAUAACAGCAGUUUAAAUGAAUGCUACUUUAUUGGUUGUCACACUUUUAUGUCUGUUAUUCUCAGAAAAUUCUCUAAAUGUUCCAACCUCGGCACACGUUUCACACAGGAAGACUUUUAGAGGCGCACCACCUCCCAUCUCUGCCUCAAUAUCAGCUUAUUUGUAAAUAACGACCCAAAGUAAACGCUCAUAAAGUAGCGUUCAGAUGAGCAAAUGAGUUAUUUCCUGAAAACCUUUUAACAGAGCCUCUCUUUAAAAAGCCUGAAUGUUCCUUUGAAGAAAUUGUUUUGUUGUUUUUCUUUAUCCCUGUUGAAUAUUCAAAGUAUUUUUGGCUGACUAAAUUGCUGCUGAAUUGAUGAUUGAACUGUUGCCACGACAAUAAGGAUGAAAUGUGUAUUUUUCUGUCCAGCGGGGAUCUGGUCCUGCUUGUGUUUCUGCCUGACGGUCGCUAGGCAACCCGCUUGGAUCGGUCCAGACUUCUAAAACCAAUAGAUGCGGCUCCCUUUCAGCAGAUCCACAUCAUGAUUGAUGAUGAUGACGAUGGUAGCGCCGAGCGAGUUUGUUACUGAAUCGAGUCGACUUCACUUUCAAUUGCACUGAAUCAGAGCGAGAGGCGGGAAGCGCGGCGCUCCACGGUAACGGGGUGGAACAUGGCGGCCCCUCUUCAGGCAGAACCUCCGUCCUCACAAGUCAUGGCUGUUUGUGCAUAUUGCACCGUGUACGCUUACACGUUUUUGUGUACGACUUCUUCUUUUUUCCCAUUGAGGGCUACUUCUGAGGAUCAAAUUUUAAGUCGUACUUUAAGCCCACAUGUUUGAUACAAUUUCUUUUGUUGUUGUUGUUUUUUUUUUUCUUUUUCUAAAAUCAAAAUAUUGCAAAAAUGCACAUGCGAAAAAGUUGCACUGAAGUGGCUGACUCCCAGCAGUAGAGCUGUCGAGUUUUCUUUAAGGAUAGAGAUUUGUUUCGGGGUAGUUUUGUAGGGUUUAAAGAGCCCUCGUCUAUCGGCCGUUUCGCCGACGAACGUUUCUUCUUUUACUUUUAUUUUUUCCUGCCACUCUAAAGUUGAACUUGAAGCUUUGUGUAUUCCCAUCAGGGUUCGGCAUUCCAUCGGUGACGGUCCGGCCUCAAACUCAUCGUCCGCUCUGCUGUGAAUCCUCCAGAAUGUCGCCUCGGUUUUGCCGGCAUCGCUGAUCUAGUGCUGCAGCACCUAUUUUUGGCCUGUUUAGUCUGUAUUUAGUCUGUGUAGAUAUGUAAAGUGCUUACAGUUUCUGUGUAGAUUGUCCCGGCUGUCGCUGUGGGUUAGACGCUGCUCUUUAAAAGCUUCUCGUCAGUCUUGUGUUAGCUUAGCUUCUUCUUAUCCCGCCGUAGGUUCUCCCUCUGCGUCCUGUCCUCUCUGCUGGUGUCUACCAAAUGAUAGCUGUCAGUGUUUUUUCGUCCUUUAGCUGUAGAUAAAAAAAAGUUUCUCUCAGGCUUUGAGGUUUGCUUCUCUCAAACUCUUCUUUUCUUGCCUACUCGCAUUCAUCCAUUAUUCCAGCAUUCUUCCGUUUCUCCAUGUUUGUCUCGUUCGUCCCUGAUUGGACCUGAACAGCAAAGCGCACACAGAGAUUUUCAGGUUUUUGAGACAAAUCAAUGUGAUGAAUGAUCAUUUUGGAGACCAGCUCUUAUCCUUGUGAAAGUUAGCUUCGGCUAAAGGCCAGGGUUCUCAGUUUUCCUCCCUUUUUUUGUGUCAGAAUGAAGGUAAAUAUCUAGCGAAUCGUGAAUACUGAUGCCUCUGGGAGCUGCAGAUCUGUAACGUAGCCUUAUGAACAUUUAAUGGGAUCAAAAGGCUUUUUAAACACGUUGAAAUCACUGUUAUUGCCUCAUGUUGAAGUUUUAAGACCAGAUCAUGAAAUAAGUGAUUAUAAAUUAAAGUAGCUUACCUGAAUUUAGCCAACUUAGCUCGUGUGAAAUUUCAACCAGAGACGUUCCGAUCAGGAUUUGUGGCAACAAUUGAUAUACUUUAUAUUCUCAUCAGCUUUAAAAUGCAGAACAAUAACAUUUCAGUUUAAAGAAAACCACUUCCUGCUUUGGCUGAUGCUGAUUUUCAUGCAGUAGAAGUUUCCUGAAGCUAACUAUGGCGCCUUUCCUUGCUGUUGUGAUAUGGCUCGUUGAUAAUUCGGCGUGUAACGUGUUUCUGCAGGGGUUGAUCUCCUGCUUCGUGAACUCGGCGCUUUUGUUUUGAACAUUUGAAAAUUUCAGCUGCUUUCUGCACAGCUUUCCCUUACUGCAGCGUAGAGAGUUGGUCACAUUAAAUAGACAUAGAGGAAGGUAUUAGUUGACAUAAAAUCAGACAGUAAUCAAGGAUCAUUUUGAUAGUUGUUUGUUCAAACACAUGGAUGGGUUUCUUUUAAAAAUGCCUUGAUCAGAUAUUUUGGAUCACAUUGGGACAUUAGUUAUUAUCCUCCUCAUGGUUCCACCCACCUGACCUGGGGUGGAAACUCCUGGAUGUUUUUAGCUGUCUGCUAGCUUCUGUUGAGGGCUUCCUCAAAGAUGUCAUUCAGCAUGGCAGAUUUGGACAGUAGCAACUUUUAGUGACCGAAAGUUUGGUUUAUGACGAGAAAGACUCCAACUCUGGGCUGACAUCUUCAUGAAUUCCCACGAGGUUUUCAACCAUAAAGUCUUCUUAUUACAAAGCAGAAUGGCUGGCCUCUUGUGAGACUUUCUCCAGACCUUAAUGACACAACUUGCUUUUCCUCGACUCCAGCAGUUUCUCUGCAAAUGAUUGACAGAUUUUGCUUUUUUAUGUUCAAGGCAGGGGAUUGUGCUCUUAGGCCAGUCUUUGUCAGCCAGUAGUUAUUACAGCUUUAUUGUGUAGGUUUGACUCUCUGGUUUGAGGCUGCCUUAAAGCAGCUGCUGUAUCUUUGCGUCGUUGUAGCAUGAAGCCAAUGCAGAGGAGGAUCAACUUUGAUGUCAAAUCCGAACAUCAUGAUUACUGCGAUUGUAGCGGACAUUCAGAGAGCAGGGUCCUCCCGGGCGAGCGGCCGCUCAGUGAGCGCAUGCUGUCGUCUUCUUCAGUGUUUUCGUCCUCAAACGCAUGACAGCGGUGGCGACCUCCCUCCUUUUGUUCAAAUAAGCAGCCCAAACUAGACGAAGGGACCGACUGAUCGGACUCGACCAAUCACUCGUCCGUCCAAGAAACCGUUCGGACUGAAACUCGUACAUUUUUUUUUCUUUUUCUGUUUUUUAUUUGGACUGUUGAUGAAUGAGCCAGUACAACGAAAAGCGUUGCCAAACUUCUCCAGUCUUCUCCCAAAGAGCUCGCUUUGUUUUCUCCUGUGGCACACGCCCUCCAACCAGAACCCGCCAACCUGAACAAAGAGCGCGCGAGAGAGAGACUUUGAUAGAUGUCCUCGUCUUGUCAAUGAGUUGGUGUGUUCAAAGAUUUCUUCUUCGUGCACGCUCAGAUAUUUUAUUUUACAUUGGUGUUUUUUGUUUGUUUGCUUUGGUAAACCCCCAACCCUCGGAUUGCUGCCUCACUAUUCUGUAUAUAAAGAAACUCACACGCGACAACUCAGCUUAAAGGCAUACCCUCAUAAUCCGCGUUUAUUUUCAUUUACCCAUUUUUAUUCUACCUGUACAUGAAGAUAUUAGCGUCCUAAGCAGGCGUGCAGGUCUGACUCCCGCCGUGGUGGGAGCGGGCUGAAACAGACGGGCGGAGCAGAUCUGGAGGGCUGUGAACCGUCGCCGUACAUCAGGAUCAGCCGUGACUUUUCAGCGAUGCCAAAUGUUACUCUUGUCUCUGUUUUCUCCUCCGUCUCCUCCCUCUCUGCCGCCCCUCCCCCGUCUCUUUGUACAUUGUUUUCUAUUUAUUUAAAAGCAGAAAUAUAUGGAGUGUAUCGAGCAUGGAAAGGCAAACAAAUGUUACAGUUGAUUU